AGUCUCUGUUUUCAGACAGCUUUGGAAAAACCGGCUAGUGGUCUUCUUCUUGAAACUACAAAUAUAUAAAAGAGAGAGAAAGAAAAGAAAAGAAAAGAAAAAGAAAAAAAAAUCCCAUUUUUCUCGCUUUCAUUUUCUCAGGAAACAAACGGUUAUUUUUUCUUUGUUAUUUUCUUUUUCGUUUAGUUUGUGUUUAGUAGUGUUUGUUGAGCUCGGACACUGUGAAAAGUAAAGCUCAGACAGGUUUAGAGUUAUACUGGAGAGUGACAGUCACAGUCACAGAUGCUAGUUGCUGUGUUGUUUUUGUGAAGUUGUUGGUUUGUUUUAUGUAUGGACUCAAGAGAAGGUAUUAGUUCAGGAGUGACAGUGAUAGGAGCUGAGGCUCCAUCGGCUUAUCAUGUGGCUCCCAGGAUGGAAAACCCGGGCCAGCCCGCGGGAGGUGAUCCGAUUACUCCCUCUCCGGUGAGUGCAGGAUUGGCUGCAAACACUGGGAAGAAGAAAAGGGGUAGGCCCAGGAAGUAUGGACCAGAUGGUACGGUCACUAUGGCAUUAUCUCCAAUGCCCAUCUCGUCUUCUGCUCCGCCGUCGGGUGAAUUCUCAUCCGGUAAGCGGGGGAAGGCGCGGUCAAGCGGCUUCGAGUAUAAGCAGCAUAAGAAAGUUGGAUUGGAUCAUUUCAGUGGUGAAUGGAAUUCAUGCUCUCUUGGUACAAAUUUUAUGCCCCAUAUCAUCACUGUCAAUGCUGGCGAGGAUGUCACGAUGAAGGUGAUAUCAUUUUCUCAACAAGGACCUCGAGCUAUUUGUAUCCUAUCUGCCAAUGGAUUAAUUUCUAAUGUUACACUGCGCCAACAUGAUUCUUCCGGCGGUACUUUAACAUAUGAGGGUCGUUUUGAGAUACUGUCCUUAUCUGGGUCAUUCAUGCCUACCGAGACUCAAGGAACAAGGAGCAGGCAAGGUGGGAUGAGUGUCUCACUUGCAAGCCCUGAUGGUCGUGUCGUUGGUGGUGGUGUUGCCGGACUCCUGGUAGCCGCUAGUCCCGUGCAGGUUGUGGUAGGCAGUUUUUUACCCAGCAACCAGCAAGAACCGAAGCCGAAGAAGCUGAGAACUGAGCACAUGACUGUAACCCCGGGCAUCUCCAUGGUGCCUCCAGUUGCUGAAAAAGAUCAGGAUGGCAUGAGUCAUGGGCAUGGACACCAAAACUCUAGUGCCCCAAGACCAAAUCUUGCAUCUUCUGCUCCGUUCCAGAGAGAAAACUGGCCCGCCAUGAAUUCCAUGCAUGAUUCCAGAAACUCCGCGACGGAUAUUAACAUUUCUUUGCCUGGAGGUUAAAAUUUGACGGAUGGCCUCAAGCAGCGUAAACCAGUUUGCUGACCCACAUUAUUGAUCCCCUGAUAUUAUUCUGCACCAAGUCCUGCGCCUUUUAUUUUAUUUUAUUUUAUUUAUUUUAAUAUAAAUUCGUCUUGAACUUAUUGAGCAGCCCCACACGUUGAAAUAUGAGGCAUUAGUUUCUCAACAACUAGCUAGGUUUAUACCUUUUAUAAUCUAGUAGGACACGUCUGAUUUGUAGGCUCAUUUAGUAGGUUAAUUUCUUAGCAGUUUAUAAGCAGGAUUUAUGGAUGUAAUGACAUUUUCUUUUUCUAUUUAUGACUCAGUUUAUUGCCUA